CACGGCCGCUGAACUGGUUGACCUGUCUUCUCUGACCUCACUUGUCCUCAUUCAGGUUCUAUUCCCCUCAAGGAGCCACGCAAGAACCAUCUCGAAGCCCUACGUUGGACCAUCAAUCAGGCGUUAUGGCUGACUCGCCGACGUUGAGUCGUCCUCAUCUGAGACCACCUCGCAAGACGCGUCUCACGAAAUUCGCAAUCAACACCCUGUACGCGCUGUCACCACCUUCAUCGUCAAGCCCAGAACUUUCCCGCCAACGGAAGUUCAAACGCAUCAUCAUCUUUUCCAUCCCAGUACUUCUGUUGCUCGGAGCAGUAACCUAUUUUGUCAUCAAACACGUCGACGACCAGAAAAACUACCUACUCUGCGAUUCGCAAGCUUGUAGCGCGUUCGAAGUAAUGCUCAGUAGGACCAUCAGCGACCAUCUUGAUCCGUGCGACAACUUCUACGCUUUCGUCUGCGACGGCUGGAAUAGGGCUCAGUUGAAGUCUGUCUACAGAAGCCACUUGGACUAUUUUCUGGCGUUGCUCAACGAGAACCUCCAGGAAAAUGUCCCUCGUUAUGGGCAAAAUUCACACGAAAAGGCGGCAGCAUUCUUUCAAGCGUGCAGAAUGGCUGCACAAAAGAAUCGUGGAGAUACGCAGGGCUUCAGAAAUAUUCUCUCUGAGAGCCACGUCGACUGGCCCAGCAUCUCUGAGAAGGCGGACGUGCUCUUGUCGUUGGUCAGAAUUUUCAGGAUUCUUAGGAUAAGUAAUCUUUUGAAUAUUGAGAGGAGUGGAAACACAUUGGUCAUACGUGGAGGUGGAGCAGAAGCAUCCAACUACAAGAAGAGGACAGCCGUAAUUGAAAACUCGGGAAGAUACCAAUGGUACUACGAGACGUUUUAAAAUGCGACAAAAAGUGCACGCAUGAGGGAAGAAUUCAUGCUUCCAUAUUCCGAGUUUUUCCAAAUCGAAGUUGCAAUACUCGGCAAUCUCACAAACUAUAGCAGGGACACUAGCACGAACCCACCGAAGAACUUGCAUGAGCUGGCAAACCUGACAAAUGAAAUUUCUUACGAACGUUGGUUAAGACUCGUGACACGGGAGCUUGUCCUCCCUGCAGAUACCCCAGUAUUUAUCAGCCAGGAUGACUGCGAUUACCUCCGGGCGUUCAGCGGACUUUUGAAGAUCAUGGAAGAGAAGUACCUUCACUACGAAGUAGGCUGGAUUAUGGUUCAACAGUGUGCUCCCUUCAUCAAUAGCGAAGUUCUGGGCGCCUAUGUCGGUGACGUUGACCCAUCCGACGCAGGAAGACGUGGAGAUCUACAAAACCGUAACCUCUGUUUCCAACUCACUGAAACCUACAUGGGGUGGUCGAUCUACGCGAAGUUUUCUGAGAUAUACGCUCCAAGCCCCUCCAUAAAAGAAGUACGUGAGAUAAUCGACGACAUUGGCAAAGUCGCUUUUAUUAGGACCGGGGCCGAAGAAGACAGCAUGGGUGCAGGUUAUGCCAACUCUCCAUUGCGAGAACAGUUGCACUUAAUGACCAAAUACCAAGACCGCUUUCAGGAUCCCGAUGUUCUGAACGCCACAUUCAUCAACAUCAGUGACAUGGGUCCCUUCACCUUCCAGAACUGGCGCAGAGUUGUUCACGAUUUCCUUACGCGCGGAAAUCUGACCCUUUGGAAGUUGGUCAGAACACAUUUCAUUUCUGGUCUACUCGUCACGAGUGAAGCCUACAAUCUCUACAACGAAGCUGAAGACAUGUACUUGUUACCGCCCCACGCGAUGGUGCUUCCACUGUACGAUAUUAAGGUCCUGAGCGCAGUCAAGUACGCUGCCUUGGGAUCAGUCAUCGCCUCGGCGGCAAUCGCUAUGACUGGACCUUCCAACAGGAGCAGAGAUUCUGUCAGAAAUGAAUCCCUUGACGAGCACACGAACAACCGAGUGCGUGAUGCGGCAGCUGCACUAGAGAUAGUCUGGGAAGCGUAUAGGAAUGCUACGGAAUAUGCUGGGGACGUUCGACUUCGUCAUCUGUCGCACUUGUCGUCCGACGCCAUCUUUUUUGUGGCUACGUGUUAUAUUCUCUGCGGCCAGCCUGCGGACACUUACCCAGCAUUGCGAUGCAACGAGCCCUUGAAACAUCGACCUGAGUUCGCGGGAGCUUUCUCUUGCAGUGACGUCACUUUUACUGAUCUUGAGUUCAAGCCUCGCGAUUUACGUCACCUGUAGAUGCCACGUCUGUUCCUGUAACGGACCGCUACUCGCACAUAUCACCAAAGCUAGUUUAUACCACAUGCCAGAAAAUAAUAUUGCGAAGUUAAAUAUAUGCUCGAUGAGGUAGGUUGUAAUGGUUUCGUUGUACUUUCUUAAACUGAGGUGACAUCA